AUGGAGAACUUUGAAAACAUUGAAAAUGUGUGGCCCGACCUCCAAAGUGAGCCGCCGUCGCCGUUGCCCACUUGUCCGUCUCCCGAAUUGCCUCCGGUAGUGGACAGGGAACCAACACCUUGGGAUACAGUACAGGCCUUAGAGGAUGAACGGCUAUCAGCCAAUAGUGCAGUAAUACGACAGCUGAUAUAUGAGCCAAUGUACGCGCACUUAACGAAUGUAUACAUCGAUUGGGAUCUAGAAGGCUACGUCUGCCGCGUGAUUGGGAGCCGUUGUUAUGGUCGCCUUUUUCCUGGACCAUUCCGGAUGCAGGAGCAUCUUAGGAUACCAUACCACCUGGCGCAUAACGCUUCCCAUGCUCCUCGAGAGCUGACGCCGCCUCCACGGACUGACUAUGUCCGCCGAAGUAUCGAGACUUCAGGAGCGGGAAGUAAUUUGGCCGAACCAGACGCCAAUCCAAAUGCGAUUGAGAUUGAGAUGUUGCCGGACCUUGUGAGCGGUGCGUCCAUGUUUGCCGAAAUUCCGGACAGUCAAGACCCUGGGUCAGAAUUCACUGUCGUCGUGCGCGACUCAGUGGAAAUUCCGGAUAGCAAGGAGUCAGGGUCAGAACUCUCCGCGUUUGACAGCCCCCCAGGAGAAAUCUCAGAUAUCCUGACCCAUGUGACGGAUGUUGUCACCAUGGGCGACUCGACAUCGGAAAUUGAACACACUCAAGUGUCCAUAAUACCAGUUUUACAACAUCCUUCCAUUAUGAAGGGAACAGAGGCCAAUGAUGAAAGCAGUGAUGAUACCGAAAGCGUGAAAAGUGUAAUAUUUGUGAAGCCGUGUGAAGAACGCAAUUGUGAAAAGUGCGCUGGGAACUUCACAGUUUCAUAA